GUACGACUAGUUGGUGGAAACAGUUCUUAUCAGGGACGAUUGGAGUAUUUCCAUAAUGGUGAAUGGGGAACUAUUUGUGGUGACAUGUUUGGAAACACGGAAGCUUCCGUUGCCUGCAGACAGCUUGGUUUCACUACACAAGGUGCCCACUAUGAAUCAAAUGCCUUCUUUGGCGAAGGAACCGGUCCGAUAUGGUUGGAUGACCUACGCUGUAACGGUGAGGAGAAGUAUCUUACUGAUUGUCUUAAUGCAGGAUGGGGUGAACAUAAUUGUAGACAUCAACAUGAUGUGUCUGUUAUUUGUACAGGUAAGCAAUACAGUCAUUCAUUUGAUACGCAUGUGAAAACCCUAAAUUAA